AUGCUUCCGACGCCGCCGCUCCCGGGCUCCGCCGCGUCUCCGAGCAGCAUGGCCAGGAUUCGGUACCUCCGCGCCGCUGUCUCGGGGUUCUAUCUGUGGGAAGCUGCGGUGCUGCUCAGCUUGGUAGCCACAAAGGAAACAGACAGUGCAAGAUCUCGUAGCAUGCCAAUGUCACCAUCUGAUUUCCUGGAUAAGCUAAUGGGUAGGAUGUCGGGCUAUGAUGCGAGGAUCAGACCAAAUUUCAAAGGUCCUCCAGUUAAUGUCACAUGCAACAUAUUUAUAAACAGCUUUGGAUCCAUUGCAGAGACAACCAUGGAUUACCGAGUGAACAUCUUUCUCCGUCAGAAUUGGAAUGAUCCACGCCUCGCAUACAGUGAAUAUCCAGAUGACUCUUUAGAUUUAGAUCCAUCCAUGCUGGAUUCAAUUUGGAAACCUGAUUUGUUCUUUGCUAAUGAAAAAGGUGCCAACUUUCAUGAAGUUACAACAGAUAAUAAGUUGUUGCGGAUUUUCAAAAAUGGAAAUGUACUUUAUUCCAUCAGAUUGACUUUAAUACUUUCCUGUCCGAUGGAUCUCAAAAAUUUUCCAAUGGAUGUGCAAACAUGUAUAAUGCAGCUGGAAAGCUUUGGAUACACAAUGAACGAUCUCAUUUUUGAGUGGCAAGAAAAGGGAGCGGUUCAAGUAGCAGAAGGUCUCACUCUGCCACAGUUUCUGUUGAAAGAAGAAAAGGAUUUAUGCUACUGCACCAAGCAUUACAAUACAGGAAAGUUUACGUGUAUUGAAGUCCGAUUUCACCUUGAGAGGCAGAUGGGUUACUAUCUCAUCCAGAUGUACAUCCCGAGCCUCCUGAUCGUCAUUCUCUCCUGGGUGUCAUUUUGGAUCAAUAUGGAUGCAGCUCCAGCCAGAGUGGCUUUAGGCAUAACAACUGUACUGACCAUGACAACACAAAGCUCAGGUUCACGGGCAUCUCUUCCAAAGGUGUCAUACGUCAAAGCGAUUGACAUCUGGAUGGCAGUGUGUCUGCUCUUUGUAUUUUCUGCACUUCUGGAGUAUGCAGCUGUAAACUUUGUGUCGAGGCAGCAUAAAGAACUUCUGCGAUUCCGACGCAAGAGGAAGAAGAGCAAGUAUUUUGAGGGAGUUCUUGAUGGAAAUGAAAUCAGUGAAUCAUUACAGCAUAGCAAUGGCUUGAGAUGUGCAGGACGUAUAGACGGGACUUUGCCUCAAAUCUACAGUACAAAUUUAAGGCAGGAUGAUGAUACGCGUGAUAGUCAGUUUAGCAUUACAGCAUAUGGAGUGGGCCCGUGUGUGCAAGCAAAAGAUGGAAUAACACAAAAGGGGCCAAAUAAUCCUGUUCAAGCUGUACCAAAAAGCCCUGAUGAGAUGAGAAAGGUGUUCAUUGACCGGGCCAAGAAGAUAGACACAAUAUCCAGAGCUUGUUUCCCAUUAGCCUUUCUGAUUUUCAACAUUUUUUACUGGGUAAUCUACAAAAUCAUCAGGCAUGAGGACAUUCACCAAUAA